AUCGAAAAACAGCAGUAUAAAUUCAUUGAAUUACUUAAAUAACGCAAAAAUUAAAAGUAGUUCAGUACACUUCCACUGUAGAUUAAAGCAAACGAAAAUGUUAGGCAGAGGCUGUGUUCGAUUAAAUUUAAAAUCGGUGAUCUUUUUGAUAAUUUCAUUGAUUCUGACACAUGUAAGGAUCACACAAACCUCUGUAAAUUCGAAUAAUCCAGAAGUAAUCCCCACUAAACUGGAGAAAACUAGCACCGAUAAUGACCGUAGUGCUCUAACCAUCAAUUCUGGGAUUAAAAUACCAUCAGACACCAGUCACUGUCCGAAUGGCACCCUGUGCGGUGAUUUGCCAAACUCCUGCCUCCAGUGCAAUUACAACGCUCAGUGCAUCUACGGAGCGGAAAUGAACGUAACUUGCAUACCUAAAAGCUCUGUCAGUUGUGAUGGGCCCAGUCACGAGAUCAAACGGAAAACCAUUUGCCGGUACUGCUAUCAAACGGAACGAUGGGAGCAGGCUUGUGAGCAGAAGGGUGGCUGUAAUUCCAUAGAUUCCCAGUUCAAAACUAAUUGCACCGUAAAUACGGAGAUCCUAUGCAUGGGUCACAGGACAUUUAUGAAGAAGGUACCAUGCAACUGGACUCAAGGCUACCGCUGGUCUACUACGCUGAUUUUAAGCAUUACGUUGGGAGGAUUUGGCGUAGACCGGUUCUUCCUCGGACAUUGGCAGGAAGGAAUCGGUAAGCUGUUUAGUUUUGGGGGUUUGGGUGUGUGGACUUUGAUCGAUGUGCUGCUGAUCUCACUGCACUACCUAGGACCGGCGGAUGGUUCGUUGUACAUUUAAGGUAAAAUCCAAGAUACUCGAAAAUCUGAAUGCUAGCAAAGAUCAUUUUGAUAUAUGUGAUAAAUAGAGUAAGAUGUCUGAUAGGAAAA